UCAUCAUCCUACGCCGUAUGGAGUCUCUGUUCCCAUGCCUCCCUUCUUUUCGGAGCAGCAUGGUAAACGCGUACCGGUGGCAGUCGCUUUGGUCAGCAGCAAUUCAAUGUGCUCACUCAGCAAGAACCCGCUCUACUAUUUAAAAUAGCCACGGGGCCAAUCUUUGCCGGUAUAAAAAGGCAUAUGCUAUCUCUGUCGAGACUUGCACUUUUACCACGACAAUUGGCCUCACAUUCGCGCUUACGAAUUGCUACCAUGUCGACGGACGCUACAACACCAAUCUUUGACCCUAAGAACAUGCCGUUCCGGAGGCUAGGGCCCAGUGGGCUGAGAGUGCCGUUGUUUUCUCUCGGCGGAUGGCUAACGUACGGAGGUACUGUUGUCGGUGACCCAGUCAAAGAAAUCAUCAAGACGGCAUUCGAGAAUGGCAUCAACAUGUUCGACACCGCAGAGGCCUAUGAGAAGGGCAAAUCUGAAAUAGAAAUGGGUCGUGCCAUUAAAGAGCUCGGAUACUGCAGGUCGGAUCUCGUGAUAUCGACGAAAAUUUUCUUCGGGGUACGCUCUGGACAUAACGGCUCUGGCCUGUCCAGGAAACAUAUCAUCGAGGGCACUCAAGAGAGUCUUGCUCGCCUUCAAAUGGACUACGUUGACGUGAUAUUUGCUCAUCGUCACGAUGCUAAUGUCCCGAUGGAGGAAAUUGUCCGGGCCUUCAACUUCGUGAUUGACAAGGGUUGGGCCUUUUAUUGGGGAACAUCGGAAUGGAGUGCGCGUGAAAUAGAGGAAGCGUAUCACAUUGCUGAUAGACUCGGCCUCCAGGGUCCCAUAGCUGAGCAGUGCCAGCACCACAUGCUUCAUCGCGAACGACCAGAGAAGGAAUACGCCCCACUUUACAAGAAGUAUGGUAUCAGCACUACCACAUGGUCAUCUCUUGCCAGUGGACUUCUAACUGGGAAGUAUAACAACGGAAUUCCACCCGGUUCACGCUUCGAUCUUAAAGCCGACUUUUUCAAGGAUACCCGCGCCGCCCUGAACGCCCCUGAAGGACAAGAGAAGAUUCGCAAAGUCAAAGAGCUCACCAAGAUUGCUGAAGAGCUUGGAGCAUCGACCGCGGCUCUGGCUCUUGCAUGGGUAGCGAGGAACACGAAUACAGGAACAGUUAUUUUAGGAGCGUCGAAACCUGAACAACUGCUUGAGAACCUGAAGGCCCUGGAGGUACUGCCAAAGUUGACGGAUGAUGUAUUGGUGAGGAUCGAGGAAGUGCUGAACAACAAGCCGGCGCCAUUGCCCACGUACAGCAGACUGCCUUUGGAUGCCUUGGUGAAGAACCGCUUUUGAAUGCAAGGAGUGAUAGUUUUUGCUUGUAAGCUGUACAGACAUUAGUUCGACUAUUUCAUAGUAUAGGCAAUGUAUGAAACCGAAUGGCAUGUCGUUCUGUGGAUGCGUGGAGUGCUGCCAUCGCCGAGUAUAGCCAUUUUCCGCUCCUUUUGAUCUUUUCUCUGGAAAGGAGGGGAUGCACAGCGCCCUAG